AUGGUCGCCGCUGCUGCAGGAAUCAUGUACUCGCUACUUGCGAGUAAUGUGGCUGGUUAUUCGAAGAAGGUUUUGGUUGGUGCCAUGUUCUUUUCGUCCAACUGUGUUGCCAAUAUUAUCUCGCCGCAGACGUUUAUCACAGCCGAGGCGCCCAAGUAUACCACCGGUAUGGUCACUUCACUGUGCAUGUUCGCGAUCAAUAUCUUGCUGUUCUCCGUUCUCUACAUGCUUUACAAGCGGGAAAACAAGAAGCGGGAAUUGGAGGAUGUGGGCGAGACAAAUGAAGAGAUGGAGCUGGCAAAUGCCUUCGCAGAUUUGACAGAUCGACAGAACAUCUCGUUCAGAUAUACACUUUAA